ACUCCUUACAUGCCAUCGUACAUGGAGGAUGGUCAAGCAUGUGUCGUAUGCGGAGAUGUCGCCACCGGGCUGCACUAUAGGGCGAUUACCUGUGAAGGAUGCAAAGGUUUCUUCCGCCGAACUUCACAGCGUCGCCUUACGUACACCUGUAAAAGUGGUGAGAAGUGUGAAAUCAACAAGCAGACGCGGAACGUUUGCCAACGCUGCCGAUAUCUCAAGUGCACAGCAGCUGGAAUGAGCGCGGAUUGUAAGUGA